GUUGCGUCUUGACAUAAAUGCUCCAAAUUGACGUCCACUCACACGUUUGCUCUCUCCACACUCAUAUACACCGGUGAUCUGACAAGCGGCACUGAGGAUUCGUAGUACUCGACGGACGGUUAAACAACACAACUUCAGAAGGACAUCGCAUUUUAUUGAGUGACGUAACCUAACGAGAGGGAUGUUUUCCAAACUGAGUUGCAUCCUGAGCUGUGCCGGCCCAGCCCUGACACGCAAGGUCCACUCAGUCACCCGUCCCGCCUCCUCCGCUGCCUCCAAACUGAUGUUGGAGCGCCUGCUGACCUCUGAAGAGGUGUAUGCCCGCGAGGAGAAGUACGGCGCCCACAACUACCACCCUCUCCCUGUGGCCCUGGAGAGAGCAGAGGGGCUGUACGUUUGGGAUGUGGAAGGCCGAAGAUACUAUGACUUCCUCAGUGCUUACAGUGCGGUGAACCAGGGCCACUGCCACCCCAAGAUCAUUGCUGCCCUCAACGCCCAGGCCUCCAGGCUCACCCUCACCUCACGAGCUUUCUACAAUGAUGUGCUGGGAGCCUAUGAGGAGUACAUCACCACCAUGUUCGGCUACGACAAAGUUCUGCCAAUGAACACUGGUGUGGAAGGUGGAGAGACUGCCUGCAAGCUAGCCCGUAAGUGGGCCUAUACUGUGAAGGGUGUCCCCAAGAACCAGGCAAAAAUAAUUUUUGCGAAUGGUAACUUCUGGGGGCGCACCAUGGCAGCCAUCUCCAGCUCCACCGACCCUAGCAGUUACGAAGGUUUUGGACCUUUCAUGCCUGGCUUUGAAAUCAUCCCCUACAACAGCAUUCCUGCACUGGAGAAUGCUCUCCAAGACACAAAUGUGGCAGCCUUCAUGGUUGAGCCUAUCCAGGGAGAGGCUGGAGUGGUGGUUCCUGACCCAGGCUACCUGACCAAAGUCAGAGAACUCUGCACCAAACACAAUGUGUUGUUCAUCGCUGAUGAGGUGCAGACCGGGCUGGCACGAACAGGCCGGCGCCUGGCAGUGGACCAUGAGGCUGUGCGUCCGGACCUGGUGGUGCUGGGCAAGGCUCUGUCUGGAGGAGUCUACCCUGUGUCUGCAGUUCUGUGUGAUGACGAGGUGAUGCUCACCAUCAAGCCCGGUGAGCAUGGCUCCACGUACGGCGGCAACCCCCUGGCCUGCCGCGUGGCCAUCGCCGCCCUAGAGGUCCUCGAGGAGGAGAAGCUGGCGGAGAAUGCAGAGAGGAUGGGUCAGCUGUUGAGGUCCGAGCUUAACAAGCUCCCCAAGGACAUAGUGACCGCAGUCAGGGGCAAGGGUCUGCUCAAUGCCAUCGUUAUCAAGGAGACCAAAGACUACGAUGCCUGGAGGGUGUGCAUGCACCUCCGUGACAACGGACUGCUGGCCAAGCCCACCCAUGGUGACAUCAUCAGACUGGCCCCUCCGCUCAUCAUCAAGGAGCACGAGGUCAGAGAGUGCGUGGACAUCAUCCAGAAAACCAUCCUAUCCUUCUAACACAAGUGAAUUCAAUUCCACAAAAUGAGUGAAGGCGUGAUCCCUAAAUAUCUCUCAUACUGUGAACUAUUGGAAAUGUUAACCCAUGCUAAACAUUUGCAACAAAGUGUUGAUUUCAUGGCAGUGCUCUUAGUGCAUUACUGUGAAAAUGUAUAUGAGGAUGCUUCCAGGAGGCAGCAAUAUUUCAGUUUUGUUUCUGAAACAUAUUUUUAAUGUAUGAUGGAGAUGCAUGGUGUUGGCAUUAUUCCAACAAUAAUUUUAUGUCAAAGGAUGAUGGGUGGAAGUACAUUCCUUUCAUUAAAUAGCUUUGACUUCCAAAUCUAUUCCAAUUGGCCUGACUAUAAGUUAAUUUGAGAUCAUCUCAACUGUGAAAGAUGUAAUUUAUUGUGCUUAACUAAACUCUUUCACAAGCAUUAAUCAAAUGCUAUAGGUUUGCUUUCAACUUUAAAAACUGUUUUAUUUGCCUGACUGUUGAAUACUGACAAAACCAACCCAACCAGAAAAGUAUUGUAAUAUCAGUCGAUUCACUCAGUUACAAUUCAACUGUUGAACAGUCAUCAAAGCUAAAAUUUUAUCCACAAACUUAUCUGGUCUGCUUUUGUUACCAAUUAUUUGUUACAGCUUGGAGUUUACUGUCUUAGGUCAGUAAUUCACUGAACGUUACAACAACAAAAUGUACACCUCUGUGGAGGCAGAAGGAUUGGGCCCUAGUGCUCUUUUAUAGAAUUUGACUUAUUAUUAUCAUAAUUGCCUAUAGUGACUAAUAGUCAACUAUCUGUUCAGUGUUUGUUUUUGACCUGCUGAAUGUUUAAACUGUCAAACUGCUGUUGAUGUACAGCAACUGAAUCCAUUGUAUCUUAAGUUGUUACAUCAGGUUCUAUGAAAUAAUUGGAUCAUAGUUGUUUCUUGUUCAUCCUGGGUUUCUGCGUCUGCCCGAAGCCAUUUAAUUUGUCAUCCUGAGUGACAAACUUCAGUGGCAGUAUUCUUCCACUAGGUGGUGCUCUGUGUACAUUAAACCUAGGUUAGGUAAUGUUUUUGAGAAGCACUGUCAUAUUUGCUGAAAUAAUACUGCUAAAAUAAACAUCCUGAUAGAAAUCAAA